UAUUUCUGUUGAUAGUAAGUGGGUAAAAUUUUAGAGCCGUUUCUUUUAUUUCUCAAUUACUGUCUAUCUCAUCAUAUAAAACCACCAUGUUCGAACAACACUUGCCGGUGCUGGAGCCCAGUGUUAAUCAAAUUAAUGCAGCUCCUCCGGAUGUGGUGAAUGGACAUCGUCCCUGCCAGACACGUGAAGUGAAAUGGCUGCGACUGGAUAAAAUCUAUCAGAAGUUCUAUCGUCCCAACUUUUACGACAUCGGCGGCACUUACACGCAAGAUGUGCCAGACUACUGGUUCUCGUUCAAAACAGAGCAAGUUGGUACAACAUUCCUCCUACAUUUAUUUAUCCGCAACCAGGGUGUGACUUCCUUUAAUGUAGCCCUGAGCUGUGGAAACAAGUUUAUAGUUGACAAAAAAGCAGAAACAGUGUACUUACAACAUUACCUGAAAGAGUUUCAGUUCCGACAAGUCAGUGAGAUGACACACACUUACCUCACUACUUACAACUUUUCAGAGUUAGACAUACAAUGUUUGAAAGAUAGAAAGUUACACAUAGCAGUCUCAUUUCCGUUUACUGAGAGUACGGAUAUUAGUCUUGAAGUCAUUAAUAAUAUUAAACUCAACCAUGAUUGCAGUGCAUUGUUUGCUGAUCCCAUUGGCUCUGAUUUUGUUAUAGAAUCUGCAGAUGGAGUAAAGUUUCCAAUCCAUAGAGUCAUACUUACAUCCCACAGUGAAGUUUUCAAGGCAAUGCUAAAGGGGGACACAGCUGAGAGCCAGAACAGUUAUGUGAAACUAAUUGAUGUGAGUGGGGAAGACCUUAGGUACAUGUUAGAGUACAUUUACUCGGGUACAGUAAAAGACUUAGAGAAUGCAAAUUUUGGGAACCUAUUAAUGCUGGCUGAUAGGUUCAACUUAAAAGGCCUUUGGGAACUUUCUGAGUAUGCUCUUUCUGAACACCUGAAUCCAGACAAUGCACUAGAUAUUUUAAUGAUAGCUGACAUGCAUGACUCCGACUUUCUCAAAAUGGAGGCAUUAAAAUUUAUAAAAGAAAAUAAAUCUAUUCUAAACAGUAGCACCUUUGAAGAGAUAACUAAUCAUGAUUUGCUCAAACAGCUGUGCUGUUACCUGUCAGAAUAGACUUAGUUGAGUGGAACGGAGAGGAUGUUUCUGAAGUUGUGUAAUACAGUGCAAGUUUGUCUAUGGUAUAUCACACAUAUACACAUUUCUAAGUCAUCUCUAUUCAUGUGAAUUUAAAUAUUUUUAUACUGUAAAGUGUAAGUAAAAUGUUGAUAAUAUUUGAUGUAAUAUCAUUAUAAUAUAAAUUAUUAUAAAAUUUAGUUGUUACUUAUGUUCUUGCUUGGUCACAGCCAAAGUAGUGUUUAAAAGUAUUAUUAUUUAAGUACAACUUGAAUAAAUCUUAGGCCUACUUUUGUCAUACAAAUAACCAUUUGGAACAUACUGUUAGAAAAUGUAUAAAAUAGAUACAAAAUAUAAUACUGUUUACAA